CAUCUACCAAUUUGGUGACUCCAUCGCCGACACCGGAAACCUCACUAUGUUCUUGAACUAUCAGAUUCUUUCACGGAUCAAGUGUAAUAGGGCUUAAUUGGGCGUAGAAGAAAAGGGAAAUGUUGGCAAUGGAGAAAGAAUUUGAUUCAAAGCUUGUUCUUCAAGGGAACGGUGCUAAUGUUUCCAGAAGCAAGAGCUUCUCCUUUAAAGCUCCUCAAGAAAAUUUCACUAGCCAUGAUUUCGAAUUUGGCAAGAUCUAUGGUGUUGGUUCUUACUCAAAGGUUGUUAGGGCAAAGAAGAAGGAAUCUGGAACUGUGUAUGCUUUAAAGAUUAUGGACAAAAGGUUUAUUACCAAGGAGAAUAAAACAUCUUAUGUGAAAUUGGAAAGGAUUGUUCUUGAUCAACUUGAACAUCCUGGGAUCAUUAAACUUUACUUCACAUUUCAAGAUACAUCCUCACUAUAUAUGGCACUUGAAUCUUGUGAGGGUGGCGAGCUUUUCGACCAAAUAACCAGAAAAGGUCGUCUAUCGGAGGAUGAAGCUCGGUUCUACACUGCAGAAGUUGUGGAUGCUCUUGAGUAUAUACAUAGUAUGGGACUGAUACAUCGAGAUAUUAAGCCGGAGAAUCUGUUGCUGACUUCGGAUGGGCACAUUAAGAUUGCGGAUUUUGGUAGUGUAAAGCCGAUGCAGGAUAGCCAGAUCACAGUACUUCCUAAUGCAGCUUCUGACGAUAAGGCGUGCACUUUUGUCGGGACUGCUGCAUAUGUUCCUCCAGAAGUUCUCAACUCCUCUCCUGCAACUGUCGGAAAUGAUCUCUGGGCUCUCGGCUGCACUCUCUAUCAAAUGCUUUCAGGGACUUCUCCAUUCAAAGACGCAAGUGAAUGGCUGAUUUUCCAAAGAAUUAUAGCCAGAGAUAUAAAGUUCCCAAAUCAUUUUUCAGAAGAAGCAAGAGACCUCAUCGACCGGUUACUGGAUACUGAUCCAAGCAGAAGACCAGGUGCUGGUUCAGAAGGUUAUGCUGCUCUUAAGAAACAUCCUUUCUUUAAUGGAGUUGACUGGAAGAAUCUAAGGUCCCAGACUCCUCCAAAACUAGCUCCAGAUCCUGCGUCUCAGACAGCAUCUCCCGAGAGGGAUGACGUGCAUGGUUCACCAUGGAACCUGUCACAUAUUGGAGAUUCUUUACCCACACAGAACGAGGGGCACAGUGCUCCUUCUACAUCUUCUGAAUCAUCGGGUUCCAUAACUCGACUUGCUUCAAUAGACUCUUUUGAUUCAAGAUGGCAACAGUUUUUGGAGCCAGGAGAAUCGGUUCUGAUGAUAUCAGCCGUGAAGAAGCUUCAGAAAAUAACGAGCAAGAAGGUGCAGCUAAUACUCACCAACAAACCCAAGCUGAUCUAUGUCGACCCGUCAAAACUAGUUGUGAAAGGAAACAUUAUCUGGUCUGAUAACUCGAAUGACCUCAACGUUCUAGUCACUAGCCCUUCACAUUUCAAGAUUUGCACGCCAAAAAAGGUUUUAUCAUUUGAAGACACAAAACAGAGGGCUUCAGUGUGGAAAAAGGCAAUCGAGACUCUUCAGAACCGCUGAGAUAAACUCCACUGAAGAAUGGUUCUGUUAAUUCCUCGUUUGUGUUUUGUUUUUCCUUCUUUUUAAAGAUCAAAAACUGACCAAACUCCAUUCUUCAUAUGUUUUUUUGUAUUACACCCACCCUUGAAAAGACCACUU